GCGAGCUGACUGUCUCGCCAUGCUCUGCGCUGUGCUCGUGGCCUGUGCUCUGUGUCGCUGUGUUGUUGGUUCAAAGACAACCAGGUGUGAAGAUCUAGGUGGCAGGUGUGUCCCCUCAGACUCCGCCCACUCCUGUCCUGGGAACGCCCACCGGCCCUCCCACUCGACGCUGUGUCCUGAAGGCUUAGACUGCUGUCCUGAAGAUGUCUCCGAGAAUAAAUAUUUAGAUUUCAGCACCAUUCAAGUGCGGAAAAAACGAACUUGCCAAAAGACUCCGGUAAAAUGUAGUAAGCACGGAGGAAGAUGCGUCUCCAGGAAGGCUGCUUGUAACACGGCGUCUGUUAUCAGUUUGUGCAAAGGGCGGUCCUGCUCCUGUUGUCUCGGAGAUAACCCCAAGUGCAGCAGUAACCCCAAGUGUAGGUUUAGAGGCGGCUUCUGUUUCAAGAAAAAUAGGAAAUUGUGCGGGUCAGGCCUGGUGGAGGAGGAUGGCUGUGAAGGCAAGAAUUGCAUGUGUUGCAUUGCUAGAAAAAGCUGUUCGUGUGGAAUAACCAACGAUGCUCGUAUCGUGGGCGGAACGGAGGUUGUCCCCGCCCUCAAAUACCCUUGGAUGGUGGGCGUGCUGGUGCCACGCCUUUUGUCGUCUUAUCUUUGUGGUGGGACAAUCAUCAACGACCGCUUCGUGAUCACCGCCGCCCACUGCCUGUUUGACGGCUACACCGGCCAGAAGCUGCGGCCCGAGGACGUGAAGAUUGGCCUGAGUGAUCACGACCAGCUCUCCGACGACGGCCUCCAGGUGCCCGUAAGCGAGCUCAUCGUCCACGAGCUUUACAAGGACUCUGAUAUCUCCUUCGAUGUGGCGCUCAUUCGCCUUCAGGAGCCCUUGGUGUUCCAUCAUUUCCUGAGGCCCGCGUGCCUCCCGACGGACGCAACCGAAAGCUACGAGGGCCGCUGGGGCUUCGUGUACGGCUGGGGCGUCACCAACAUAUCCGACUACAUUCUGUCCAGCCGCCUACAGGAGACGCAGCUGCUCAUUCUGGGGCCGGACUGCGACAACAAGACCAUCGGGAACGUGCGGCCGACGCCCGACAUGCUCUGCGCCGGCACAGAGGAGGGGGGGAAAGACACGUGCACCGGCGACUCCGGGGGGCCGAUCACGGUGCCGGCGAGGAAGAGGCGGCACGUAAUUGUGGGCAUCACGUCCUUCGGCGAAGGCUGCGGCGUCCCGGGCGUCCCCGGCGUCUACACGCGCGUCACGUCGUACCUGGGCUGGAUCUUGGAAAAGACGGCCGCGGCGUCGUACUGCAACUGAGGCCAACUGAGCGGGCGCUGGGGUGUGGCUUGCGCUACUGGACAGGCAUUUGCGCGGUCUGCUGUGUAACAUUAAUACACACAACUAUG